AUGUCUCAAGAAUCCGUAAAAGUUGUUAUUCGAGUUCGCCCUUUGAACUCAUCCGAAAUUUCCAGAAAAAACUCAAAUAUAAUUGAAGUCGACAAAGAACUUAACCAGUUAAGUAUCCUUGAUCCAAAAUUAAUAUCAAAGCCGUUUGCCUUCGAUGCUAUUUAUGACGAAACUUACACUCAGCAGCAAAUUUAUGACGAAACUGCUUUUCCAUUAGUGGAAAGUGUAUUAAAAGGCUACAAUGGCACAAUUUUUGCAUAUGGCCAAACCGGUUGUGGAAAAACAUUCACAAUGGUUGGCGUUCCAGGAAAUGAACAACUACAAGGGAUCAUUCCAAAUUCUUUUUCCCACAUAUUUGGAUGCAUAGCAGAGUCCGGCUCUUCAAAAUGCUUUCUUGUACGGUGCUCAUAUACAGAAAUUUAUAAUGAAGAAAUAAGAGACCUAAUAAGCAACGACACAAAUUUGAAGCUUGAGCUGAAAGAGUCAGCAGACAAAGGAAUUUAUGUCAAAAACUUGUCAAUGCAUCCAGUGAAGUCUGUUCAAGAUAUAGAGAAACUUAUGGAAUAUGGGAAUAAGCACAGGAUUACAAAAGAGACAAACAUGAAUGAGAGAUCUUCAAGGUCUCAUGCCAUUUUUACUAUUAAUGUAGAAACCUCAGAAGAAGUAGAUGGAAGAACACUGGUAAAAGCGGGAAAGCUAAAUUUGGUGGAUCUUGCAGGAUCUGAGAGACAGAAAAAGACAGGAGCAGAGGGAGAAAGGCUUAAAGAAGGGAUAAAAAUCAACUUAUCUCUGCAUGCAUUAGGAAAUGUGAUUACCUCAUUGGUGGAUGGAAGCUCACAUAUUCCUUAUAGAGACAGCAAGCUAACUAUGCUGCUUCAGGAUUCUUUAGGAGGGAAUACAAAAACUGUUAUGAUUGCUGUCAUUUCGCCUGCUGACUAUAAUUAUGAAGAAUCAUUGAGCACUUUGAGAUAUGCUAGUAGAGCAAAAUUUAUAAAAAAUAAACCCAAGGUAAAUGAAGACCCAAAAGAUGCGUUGCUGAGGUCUUAUGCAGAAGAAAUACAAAGGCUUAAAAAGCUAUUGAUGGAGCACCAGAGUGGGGAGCCAGUUGAAAAAAUUAUUGAAAUCGAAAAGCCAGCUAAAACUAAAGAGUUGGCUCUUAUUAGCACUGAAAAUGGUGCUGAAGGGCAAUAUGAUCAGCCAGCUCGAAAAUAUUCAAGUGAACCAUCAGGGCAAUCUGAAGAAAGUGAUGGAGAAAGAUCUAAUACAAAUGAAAAAGAUUCAGAUUUGGAUAAAACUUGUAAUGAACAAAACCCAAUUAGAUUAGAUUAGAUUAAGUGCUUGAGUGGGGGCAUUGCGGGAUUAUUUCAACCCUCGCACCUGCCAAGAGUUCUAUUCUUGUUUUUGUGCACUAGUCACUAGCUCCACCUAAAUCCAUUUUUCCAUCCUAGCCAACAAAAAAUGGUGAUUAGGACCGUCUAUUGGAGCACUUACCCUGUCGGACUAUGGACCUCAUCUGUUGCUCUGUAGCUGGCUGAAACCUCAGAUUAUCAACUGGAGCUCACAUGGAAAAGUGUGGCACAAGAUACUUCAUCUUCCUUUGGGCGUGUUCAAUGUAAAAAAGGUGUUUCUCUGCACUGAGGCACACCAAAAACCGACUCCGGAUACUAAGUUACAAUGAGUCUGUCUUACCAUGUGCCUGAGUCUAAAAAGGUUAACCACAGACCUAUUGCAAUACUUCAUUUAAUUAAGAUACGAAACCCAGGAAGAAAUUAUUUCUGAUCUUCAAAAGCAGUUAAUUAUUGGUGGAGAAGCAAUAAAUAAAUCAGAGCAGGAAAAGUUAAGAGCUAUAAGACAGUAUCGACUAAAACUAAAAAAGCAAAAGAAAAAAGAAAAGCAGCUAAUUGAAGAACACAGAAAAAUUGAAGAAGAAAUGGUUUUAAAAGAAAAAAAUUAUCGAUCAAUGCAAGAAGAGCUUGAAGACCUGAGAAAAGUCGUGAAAAGGUUAAGAAGCAUCUAUGCAGCUUCAUUAUCAGAAAUUUCUGAUUUAACUCAUGAGCAUGAAACUGAAAAGCAAGAAUUUUUAGAAGAAAUUAGAGAAAAGGAAAAAGAAAACGAACUCUUACAUAAAAUUUUUGAAAAUCUGAUGCCAGCAAAAGAGCUGAGAACAAUAAAAAGUAAAUCAACUUAUGAUGAAAUAAAUCAUAAAUGAAAAGUCCCUUCCUUUAUUUUGCAGCAGAAGCAGCUGCUUUUCCCAAAACUGCCUCAAGCACAAUUAAGAGAGCUUGUAGAAGAAAAAUAUAUAGCAUUUGAUAAUGAUACUAAAAAUCACUUAAGAAAUGAAUCAGCUGACCAUGCCAAAAGACAUACCAGCGUAAAAGAUUCAAGAAACUUAAAACACAACCUCAAGAUCCAAGAUGAAGACACAAAAAACUCUAAAAAUUUCAGUACAAUGCCUCUUAUACCAAUAGAAAUGAAGCAAUUAAGCAGCAGACUCCCAAGUAUCGGAGAUCCAAAAGAAGAGCCAAAUCUUUUAAGAAAAAAUAAAUUCACCAAACAGCUUCUACAGCCAAUUCAGAACCAUGCAAGAAAACUUGCAGAAUUAGAGCUCAAAAAGAGUGCUAUUGGUAUCAUUUAA